AUGCCUCACCGACUUCAGCUCGACCAUAGCCACGACGUGUUGCAGAAGAGACAGUGCUUGGCUGAUCGUCCCCUGCAUGUUGCGGCUGCGCGCAUGGACGCCCAGCGGACUUUGUGUGAUUUGGCAUUGGUUCCGAAGGAGAGCUUGGUCACUUGGCUCAACUUGCUAAGGCCGCUGGCGGUUAUGUCUGUGCUUCCAAAGAUGGUGGGCGGCGCCAUUCUAGAAUCUACCAAGGAUAAGAUUCAUGACAGCGCUCCCUGGCAAUUUGCUUAUCGUGAAGGGCACAGCGUCAUGGACAUGGUGUUCAUUAUUAUGAUGAUGGCUCAGAAGUGUAUGCAAAGGGGGACUUGGUUUUGUUGCUGGUUCUGCUGA